AUGGUCGCCUGCUCCAAGGGCUUCGUGGACAUUGUGCCGCUGCUGCGGAACUGUCCCUACAUCAACGUCAACCAGCAGGACAAGGAGGGGAACACAGCCCUCAUGAUGGCUGCCCAGGCAGGAUACAUCACCAUCGUCAACUACCUCCUCAACUACUACCCCGAGCUCGAGGUGGACCAGAGAGACCCACGGGGCCUGACAGCGCUGAUGAAGGCUGCGGUGCAUGGGCAGCAGGACUGUGUCACCGCCCUGCUCCUGGCUG